AUGUUUUUGUUUCAGUUGAAGUCUGAAAAAGAGAAGCUUAGCUCCAGCGAGCAGGAAAUGGACUUUUGUACUUUCUGGCUAUAAAACAAUUCAAAUUAUCCUCGUGACCGAAGGUCGGAGGGCACUGCGGCUCUUCGGAGAGUGAAUGCUCAAACGUUGAGACAGACGGCGUCCUCACAAGAACCAUGGCCAGCCAAGUUGAGGACAAUCUCCAAUGUCCGCUCUGCUUGGAAAUCUUUCGAGAUCCCGUCCUGCUGCCGUGCAGUCACAGCUUUUGUUCCGCGUGCUUGCGGCAGUGGCGGAGGGAGAAAGGAGAUCUGUCGUGUCCGGUCUGUCGUGCGGAGUUUGCCUCGAUGGACCCACCUUUGAACUUGGCACUGAAGAAUGUGUGCGAGGCCUUUUCGCAAGCCUCGGUGGGCCCCCAGGACCUCUGCGGGACGCACAAGGAGAAACUGAGACUCUACUGUUUGGACCACGAGGAGUCGGUGUGCCUCGUCUGCAGAGAUGCGAAAAUCCACGCCGGCCACAAGUUUUGUCCCCUCGAUGAAGCCGCGCAAGAUCGCAGAGGCCAAGUCCAGGAAGCCCUGCUGGGCGUGAAGAAAACCUUGCAGCAUUAUAUCAACCUGAGAGAGAACUACAACGAGCAAGCAGAGUACAUCCAAGUCCAAAGGGAGCGGAUUGAAAGAAAGAUUCAGAAGGAUUUUGAGGAGCUGCAUGCCUCUCUGCAGUUGGAGGAGGAGGCCAGAUUGUCUGCUUUGAGAGAGGAAGAGCGGCAGAAGAGUCGGAUGUUGAAGGAGAAAAUGGAGGCUCUCGGACGAGACAUCACCGCUCUCUCAGACACGAUCGCAACCACGGAGCAGCUGCUGACCUCUGACCCCCUUUCCUUCAUGAACAACUACCGGGGCACCAUGGCCAGAUUCCAGCAAGGGCCCGACGGGGCCCAGCUACCCAAAGGAGCGCUGCUGGACGAACCCAAACACGUGGGAAACCUCAAGUUCAACGUGUGGGAGCGAGUGAAGGACACGGUCCACUUCAGUCCCCUCAUUCUGGAUCCCAACACGGCCGGCCCGGAACUCACACUGUCUGAAGAUCUGACCGCUGUGAGUUUUCAAGUCGGACAGUGCCGUCCAAAGAACCCGGAGCGAAAUCACAAGUCCCACAAAGUGGUGGCUUCUGUUUUGUGCCCAACUAACAGGUGGGAAGUGGAGGUGGAGGUGGGAGACAACACCGAUUGGAAAGUGGGGCUGAAGUGGCGAGACUUUUUUUUUAAUCGAAAAACGGUCAUUCAAUUUUGUGACGGGAAAUACAAAAUUCGACCACUUCAAGCCUGGAACCCACCAGAAAAACUGCAGAGGAUUCGCGUGUCCGCAACACACAAAGCGAUUGUAUUCUCUGACGCUCGUACAAACACCGAAAUCAUCAGAGAGGUUUGCGUGCUUAAGCCGGUGAAAACAGUUCCUUAUUUCUCCACAAGGUGUGCAAUUCCUCUGAAAAUCAUCCCACGACCUCGGGUUAAGACUGAAAGCGAGUGAUGAUGGUCGCUCCCACAAUUG